AUGGGAAUAUUCAGAUCGGAGACGAUGAAGCACGGGACGCUGGUCCUGCCCUCGGACCGAGCCAGGGAAUACCUAGACUGCCUAGGAAAGAACGUCGACAUACAAUUCAUCGACAUGAACGAGAAGACGAUGAAGAGGCAGUACAAAAAGUACAUCCAGAGGAUAGACGACAUGGAGAGGAUUCUUCGCUUUUUGGAAGAAAAUAUUAAAAAAUUGCCCAAUGUAAAAAUUAAGAAAAGUAAAAUAGACUCCUUUUUGGAACACGAUAAUGUGUAUGAAUUGGACCAAGUGGAGGAAUCACUAAACCGUCUGCAUGUACAGUUUGUUCGUUUUUGCAACAACAACAAGGACCUUGUUGACGAGAGGAACAACGCAAUAGAGGAGAAACACGUAAUUUUGACGGCUAUGAAUCAGCUGAAUCCAGGUGGAACGAAAAAUGGAAAUAUCAGUAAAAGACUUCCGGAGAGUUCCCUCCCCUACGAUGAGGUAAAUGACGAAAGUGUCUCUCUACAGACGAAUAUGAUGAAGGAUGGAAUGAGCAUGAUGAUGUUUACGAACAUAUCUGGGGUCAUAAAGACGAAGGACCAGGAAAGUUUCAGUCGAACUAUUUUUAGGGCGUUGAGAGGGAACACCUACACAUACUUUCAAAGUAUCGAUGAAAGUGCAGAUUCUUCCAGGGGUGGGGUGGCCGAUGGAAUGAAUGACGCCGAUGAGGGUGCUGCUGGGGGAGGGGGAGCAUCCUCCUGCCUGAACAACGGAAGUGAUGACGAUGGCAUGGAUGCAAGUAACGACAUGAACAACGAUAAGGGGAAGAAGAAUGAGCCGAAGAGUGUCUUCGUUGUAUACUGUCAGGGAUCUUCCCAAAGCAAUAUAUACCAGAAGAUACUAAAAAUAUGUAAAGCAUAUGAUGUAAAAACGUACGAUUGGCCAAAAACGUAUGAACAAGCAAGGCAAAGAUUGAAGGAGCUGAAGGAGAUCAUCACAGAUAAGGAGAAGGCAUUAAAGGCAUACGAGGAAUACUUCAUAAACGAAAUUUUCGUUCUUAUAAAUGUCGUUGAGCCUAAUAAGAACAGUCUGAUAGAGGAGUGGAAGUUGUUUUGUAAAAAGGAGAGAUACAUAUACAAUAGUUUGAACUGUUUCGAAGGAAGUGACAUAACCUUACGAUGUGACUGUUGGUUCAGUGCAAACGAUGAGGAGAAAAUUAGACACAUGCUAAUUACCAAAUCGUCCAACGAUCUGGUGUCAGCGUUGUUGUUGUCGGAUAAGGUACUUACCCCGAACAUUUCUCCCCCGACUUAUAUUAAGACUAACAAGUUUACCAAGUCGUACCAGUCGAUGGUAGAUACGUAUGGUAUCCCCCGUUAUGGUGAAAUAAAUCCAGCCAUUUCUACGAUCAUCACGUUUCCUUUUCUCUUUGGUAUUAUGUAUGGGGAUGUAGGACACGGAGUCUGUAUCUUCCUCUUUGCUCUCUUCCUAAUUAUUAUUAACAGUCGUGUGAAAAAUAAAAGUCAGAACGAGAUGGUCAGUAUGUUACUGGAUGGAAGGUAUAUGUUACUUCUGAUGGGGUUCUUCGCAAUCUACGCGGGGGUUCUCUACAACGACUUUUUCUCUAUGCCAUUGAAUUUGUUUACGUCCAUGUUUGAGGUGGAUAGGCAGGUGGAUUCGGUCACGUAUUACAAGAGGAGGCAAGUGAUGAAUGAAGCUACUGGCAAGAUGGAAGACGCAGAUCCGUACAUUUUUGGUUUUGAUGCAAAAUGGCUAGGAGCAGAAAAUGAACUAACCUACAUUAACUCCUUCAAAAUGAAGUUUUCCAUAAUUAUAGGUUUCUUACAUAUGACCUUUGGUGUUCUGAUGAAGGGGUUGAAUGCGCUGCAUUACCGGAGGAAGAUGGACUUCUUCUUCGAAUUUCUCCCUCAGCUGAUGAUGAUGCUUUCUAUAAUUGGCUACCUCGUCUUUUUAAUUAUCUACAAAUGGGUGACACCCAUAGGUUACGGAGGGUACAAGAAGCAGGGAAUCAUAAACACGGUUAUAAAUAUGUACCUAAUGAAGGACCUAACAGCGGAUAACCAGUUUUACGCUCACCAGGGGUUAGUGCAGGCUUUCCUCAUUGCGAUUUUCGUUUUGUGUAUCCCCCUUAUGUUCGUUUGUAAGCCCGCCAUUAGGACGUACCACAUUAUGAAGGAGAAAAAGAGCAGGGGAAGUAUAUCAUCCAGGGGGGGCAGCUACUCUCACCACGAGGAGAAGGAAAUGACACACACAUUUAACCACUUGGUAGGCGUGGGUGGUGGUGGGAAUGGAGCGAAUGUGGUGAACGGCACUUCCUCCUCUCCAUCUCUGCAUAAGAGAAGCCCCAACGUGGCCUUCGGGGGGGGCAGCAACAACCGUGAAGAUGACUACCUCUCCCCCAGGAGGCGUAAUAAACCCACGGAUGACGAGAUGGAAGCUCACCUCCUUAGCCCCGCAUCGCCUGAGGAUCAGGACGCCAUGGCAGAGUCCUUCGGAGCGGCUUCCGUGGGAGCGGCCCACCACGAAGAAAACAUCUCAGAAAUAUGGAUCGAGCAGCUUAUCGAAACGAUAGAGUUUAUUUUAGGCCUCAUUAGUAACACGGCUUCGUACUUGCGACUGUGGGCCCUGUCCCUAGCACACCAGCAGUUGUCGUUUGUCUUUUUCGAGCAAACUAUUCUGAACUCACUCAAGAAGGAUAGCUUCAUGUCUGUACUUAUUAACCUUAUUGUGUUUUCUCAGCUUUUCUCCAUCCUUACCAUCGCUGUUAUACUCUGCAUGGAUACACUCGAGUGCUUCCUCCACUCCUUGCGUCUGCAGUGGGUGGAAUUUCAGAACAAGUUCUACAAGGGUGACGGCAUUCCCUUCCGCCCCUUCAACAUUAAGAAGGUCCUCUCGGAGAAUGACUAA